UUUGUGUGUUUGAGAAGAUUCUACAGGAGCAGCUGUAGAUUUGGAGCUGAACACUGUGAGAUGCUUCUCUGUCUAAGGGAAGAAGAGAUGUCACUUCAAGAACUCACACAGCGACUGGUCAAUGUUAUCACUCAUGUUGAUGAAAUCAUGCAACAAGAAAUAAGACCCCUGCUUGCGGUUGAUAUUGUUGAACAGCUACAGAAACAGUUUGCUAUUUUAUCAGGGGGACGUAGUAGGGAUGGUGCGCCAAUCAUCACUUUUCCAGAACACUCUACCUUUGGGGACCUUUCUGAUGAAGAGUUUCUGAAUGUUGUAACAUAUUUGACUAGCAUCCCAAGUCUGGAUGCUGCCAGUAUUGGAUUUAUCAUAAUUAUUGACAGAAGGCGGGACAAAUGGAGUUCAGUCAAAGCAUCUUUAAUGCGCAUAGCAGGAUCAUUUCCAGGGAACUUGCAGCUAAUUUUUGUCCUGCGACCUUCUCGUUUCAUCCAAAGGACAAUUGCCGACAUUGGCAUCAGGCUACAACGAGAUGAUUUUAAAAUGAAGGUACCGAUUAUCAUGUUAAAUACAAUAGCAGAUCUACACAGCUACAUUGAAAAAAGUCAGCUGACAAGAGACUUAGGAGGCACUCUAGAAUAUUGUCACAAUCAGUGGAUUCAUCAUCGAACUGCCAUAGAAAAUUUUGCUAUGACAGUGAAAACAACAGCACAGCUAUUACAGUCAUUUGGCACUGAACUUGCAGAGACAGAAUUACCCAAUGAUGUCCAGUCUACAAAAGUACUGCUCACAAUUCACACAGAAAAACGCAAUGAACUAAAGGAGAGAUUGAAAUUAGCAGUAAAGGAAGGCAGCACUUUACUAAUAUGUAUUAAGGAGCCACUUACUAAAAAUCCCAAUUAUGCACUGAAUUCUGAUGAACUGGAAAAUAUGGCUACAGUUGAAAGAUUACUGAUGCAAUUGGAUGAAACUGAAAAUGCCUUCGACCAGUUUUGGUCAAAACACCACCUCAAACUCGAACAAUGCCUGCAGCUUCGUGAUUUUGAACAAGACUUUCGGGAGGUGAAAGUUAUUCUGGAUUGUUUAACAGGAACACAGUCUGUUUUCACUGGCAUUGGAGACAGUGUAGCCUCUGUGGAACGCCUUCUAAAAGAACUCCAAAUGAAGGAAGAGAAAGCACAGGAAUCAUUAGAAAAGGCACAAUUAUUGGCUGUGCAUGGAGAUCAACUUAUCCAAAGCAACCACUAUGCCAUUGACUCCAUCCGACCAAAAUGUAAUGAACUCAGGCGUAUAUGUGAUGAUUUUACCAACGAAAUGAAGAAAAAACGCGACAUGCUUGGAAAAUCUCUCAAAGUCCAUAAGCAACUGGACAGUGCCAAGGAGUGGUGUGAAACAGGCAUCUAUCUCUUGGCAUCUCAAGCGGUGGAUAAGUGCCAAUCUCAAGAAGGAGCUGAAGCUGCACUCCAAGAUAUUGAGAAUUUUCUUGAAACGGCCAAAGAUCACAAGCUCACUAAUCCUAAAGAGUUUUAUAAGCAAUUUGAACUGUUUCUCACUGAAGAAGUUGAGGCUAACAUAUCAACAAUCCUUCAGAAGCUUGAAAAUGUCCAAGAAAUGUUUGAAAAGCGUCAGGCUAGUUUAAAAAAGUUAGCGGCCAAACAGACUCGACCAGUUCAACCUGUGGCUCCUCGUCCAGAGUCGUCUCCAAAACACUCUUCACCAAAACCAGCCAGAGCCCCUGUCCUCAGUAAUAGAAGAAGUUUAGAUAACAUAAGCAAUUCGAAGCCACUUACAGAUACAGAACUAGCAAAGAAAAGAAAUGGGAAGAAACCAAAAGGAAGCCUAAAGAUUGAAGUGAUGCACGAAGCCAGUCAGGGGGGAUCCAGUCACGUCCAAGUAACAACUGAAAGUGAAGAGAACCUGUCAACAAGGAGGAGGCACAUCAUGAAUGAGCUGAUUGAAACAGAACGGGUAUACGUGGAAGAGCUUCUGAGCAUCAUUGAGGGUUAUGCUACUGAAAUGGAUAAUCAAGAGCUGUCUUCUCUGAUCCCAGGUGCACUUAAGAACAAGAAAGAAAUCUUGUUUGGAAAUCUUCCAGAAAUCUAUGAUUUUCAUAAUAGGAUAUUCCUUAAAGAGCUUGAAAAUUGCAUGGAAAACCCUGAACUUGUAGGAAAAUGUUUUUUAAAAAGGAAAGAAGAAUUACAAAUUUAUGAAAAGUAUUGUCAAAAUAAACCGCGUUCAGAGGCUAUCUGGCGACAGUGUGGAGACUGCCAGUUCUUUCAGGAGUGCCAACGUAAAUUGGAUCAUAAACUCUCAUUGGAUGCUUAUCUGCUCAAACCUGUCCAAAGGAUUACAAAGUAUCAACUUCUACUAAAGGAAAUGCUAAAGUGCAGUAAAAACUCAGAAGGCACUGCAGAACUAGAGGAAGCACUGGAGACAAUGAUUAGUAUAAUUAAAUCAGUGAAUGACUCCAUGCACCAAAUUGCUAUCACUGGGUUUGAGGGAAACCUAAAUGAUCUUGGGAAGUUAUUGAUGCAAGGCUCUUUCAAUGUAUGGACAGACCACAAAAAGGUUCACAGCAAGGUCAAAGACUUGGCACGCUUCAAACCAAUGCAAAGGCACCUUUUCCUUUACACAAAAUUGCUGCUGUUCUGCAAGAAACGAGAGGAAAAUGCAGAUGGACAUGAAAAAUCUCCCUCAUACAGCUUUAAACAUUCAUUGAAGAUGAGUGCCGUUGGUAUCACAGAAAAUGUAAAGGGAGACAUUAAGAAGUUUGAAAUCUGGUACAAUGGCAGAGAGGAAGUGUACAUUAUUCAGGCAUCAUCUGUAGAACUGAAGAACCUUUGGGUUUCUGAAAUCCGGAAAGUACUGACAGGACAACUGCAAGCUUACAGAGAAGCAAGUCAGUUAAAUCAGAGGAUACAGGAACAUGUUUACCAGGCUCCACUGAACACACCGAACAGAUAUACAAGGAAAUCAUCUUUACAACAAGACAACAAAUGCGAUUCAUCAAGUUCUGAAACUGUCGAAAGGCAAAAUGAGAUCUCCAGCUCCAAUAAACAAAAGAGAGCUGAUGUUCCUUCCAGUCAUAACCUUGAUCGUUCAUCUCUUGCUAAAAAGCGAUUUACAUUGCAGGGUCUUUCCAAUCGCAGACCUCCACAGAAAGAAUCACAGUCUAAGGAGCCAACUGUAAUUCGUCGCAUUUCCUUAGCUUCCUCUGUCAGUGCUUCACGAAGUAAAGGAUCACUAUCUGGGCCAGAUGUUAAAGCUAAGAGAUAUGAAAUAAAGAGUGACCCAACUCCACUGGGUUUUGAAGAUUCACUGCCAGAUCCUUUCAUGAUUGCAAGCAAGCGUAAUAGUACCACCAGUUACGUAAAAAGAUCAAUUUCACAGACAGCAUUGGCAUGGAGGUGAGAGUGGGCCGCACAUGGAACAGCGGAUACAGCUUCUUUCAGUGAUUGGAGGCAGCAGCAGCAAGGACU